CUGCAGAUCUUCUCUCUGGGCUACUGUCCGACAGGCGAGUGGCUGGCUGUGGGAAUGGAGAGCAGUAACGUGGAAGUCCUGCACGUCUCCAAACCUGACAAGUACCAGCUGCACCUCCAUGAGAGCUGCGUCCUCUCCCUCAAGUUUGCCUACUGCGGUAAAUGGUUCGUGAGCACAGGCAAAGAUAACCUGCUGAAUGCAUGGCGGACACCUUACGGAUCCAGCAUAUUCCAGUCUAAGGAGUCUUCGUCGGUUCUCAGCUGCGACAUCUCCCCCGAUGACCAGUUUAUCGUCACCGGCUCCGGGGACAAGAAGGCGACAGUCUACGAAGUAAUCUACUGAACACGGAUUGGCUGAAGAAUUAAAACUAAUAAUUGGGGGGCGGAGCCAAAUCUCCCUCCUGCACCAAUGACUGUACAGAGCGUCGGUGGCAUGGAAAACAAGAGACACUCAACUCGUACUUUGUUGUUUUGUUUACGUUUGUGAAAGAAAUGAGAGAGAGGAGCGAGGGGGCACAAAGUCACAUCUCUGGAAAAAAGACAAACAAACUCUGAACUUUGUUUUUAAUGCUCUGAGAACGCUGGUUAGUCUAUAGCUGCGCAAAUGUUGGAUUCCUCCAAAGAACUUCUUGUUUUGUUCCUUUUUUUCUCCCUUUUUUUAACAAAAUAAAACCUCUGUAGUAAACAAGAAAUUAGCAAAACUUAUUUUUUUAGCCUUUGAAUUUUUCGCAAAACUGUUGGACGGCACCAUGAGGAAAAAGACACACGGGAAUGAAGUGUGGGGAGGGUUCAAGGAGGGCUGGAAACUUGUCAUAAAAAAUACAGUCCGUAUUCUGCUGUUUAAAAAAAAAUAAAUAAAAAUAAGAAUUAAAAAACGUCCCUGGCUGGGUGCGCUUGGCCUGGCCUGGUCCUCGGGGCAGCAGAUGUGUGGCAGAUGGUUUGCUGUGAGGUUCCAGCUUUUUUUUCUUCUUCUCCUGGUUAAGUUUUUAGCAGCAACAUGAUUGUAUCAUCUCCAGAACAUACAUGACAGAAUACGGCUCGGUUUCCUCUACAGCGUCCUGAGACUCAGUUUGUUUUUGUUCCUGUUGAUGUUUGUUUUUCUCUUCACUAAAGAACAAAGAUCAGGAUCUGGGGAUGUUUUUUAAGGAAACCAGCCCGGAACAAAAAGAAAAAAAAAAACUCACGACCCGGAGGACAGAAAGCUGAAUUCGGUUCAAACAUCUCGCAACAAGUGUUCCCCUCUCCAGUGUCGGUGACGUGGCCUCUGCUACGCAAUCUUCAUCUUUAACACUCAACAUUAAAUGUGAUUUUCUAUUGUAUUUGUUAGGGCACAUAUAGGCAGACUGGGAUUUUCACAACUGCAUCAUGAUGAACCUUGAACCUUGCUAUAUAUGGACGUGUAAAUAAAGUUCUGUAAAGGCAAAUGAGGAGCUGUGACUUGGAUUUGCUUUGAGACAAGA